AUGUUUCGUGCGCUAACCUCAACUCGAUCUGCGUUUGUUUAUGGAGCGCAAGUGGCACGACUCUCGACAGCUAAAGCACACGAGAUGAUUCACGUUGAACGAGUCGGCUUGAAUGGAAACGUCGGACUUAUCAAGCUGAACAGGCCAAAAGCUCUCAACGCGCUGUGCGGUCAAUUGAUGAGCGAACUUCGAGUUGCAUUGAGAGAAUUCGAUGAUGAUGAUAAAAUUGGAGCCAUUAUUCUCACUGGAAACGAGAAAGCUUUCGCGGCUGGAGCCGAUAUCAAAGAAAUGAUUAACAAGGAUUUUGCUUCAACGUAUAGUGGCCGUUUCCUUGAGGAAUGGACAGCAGUUAGCGACACGAGAAAACCAGUCAUUGCUGUUGUAAAUGGAUACGCUCUAGGUGGUGGCUGUGAGUUGGCAAUGAUGUGCGAUAUUAUUUAUGCUGGUGAAAAUGCUUUCUUUGGCCAACCUGAAAUUAAUAUUGGAACUAUCCCUGGUGCCGGCGGUUCGCAGCGUCUCACACGCGCUGUUGGCAAAUCGCUGUCAAUGGAAAUGAACUUGACCGGAAAUCGCAUUGACGCAAAACAAGCCCUUACAUCGGGCCUUGUUUCAAAGGUCUAUCCCACGGAUGAAGUCGUGAAUAAAGCUAUUGAAUUAGGCGAAAAGAUUGCUGCUCAAUCACCGCUCAUUGUUGCGAUGUGUAAGGAAGCGGUCAAUUCGGCCUAUGAAAUGACUCUUCGUGAAGGCUUGCAUUUUGAACGUCGUCUUUUCCACAAUACUUUUGCAACAAAAGACCGCAAGGAGGGAAUGAGUGCUUUUGCUGAGAAACGCAAGCCAACUUGGACUUCUUCC